UGGAACGAUUGGAAAAGAGCUUCGUUAUUCUAUUUUCCGUGUCACAGUUGAAAAUACACGUGUGAUAUAAAGAAAAAUAAGAACAGAGUGACGUAUAGUGAGGAAAAACAAAAAGUGUCUCCUAAUAUUAUCAUUGAGCUCAAAACAUUCACGUAAGAUGAAGAUUAAGUAUAAAAUUGACGAGGAGUGAAAAAGAGAAAUAUAAAGAAAGGAAAGGAUCUAACUGGAACAAUAACAACAACCACACCAGCACCACCACCAUGCUGCGGUCAGUGGUGAUGGCGGUGCUGCAGGUGGCGUGGCCUCUGCUGCAGGUGUUGAGGUGGCUAUGGGACGCGUGGGUGACUGUGCUGUUCGUGUUGGUGGCUGGCUGGAGGCGUAAGAUUGCCUUGCCUCCUGUGUUCAACCCUGUGCUUCUGUUGUCUGCCUCCCAGCUCGCUCAAGAUAUUAGGGAGAGGAAGCUGACCAGCCUGGAGGUGGUGCGGUGCUACGUGACACGCAUCAGCAACGUGAACCCGGUGCUCAACGCGCUCAUUCAGGAGGACUUCCAGGGGGCACUGCUGCUGGCCAGGCGCGUGGACGAGAGGCUGGAUCAGGGUUACCGCAGCGGCAGCCUGACAAAGGAGUGGGUGAAGACACAUCAGCCUCUCCUCGGUGUUCCCUUCACUGUCACGGAGUCCAUCAGCGUGGCGGGGCUACCUCACACUGGGGGUCUGCUGGCUCGUGAGGGACUGCUGGCUUACAAGGACGCCCAGGUGGUGGCUAACCUCAAGCGAGCUGGCGCCAUCCUGAUCGGCAGCACUAACCUGUCUGAGCUGGGCAUGUGGUGGGACAGCGACAACCCAGUGUACGGCAGGACCUCCAACCCAUAUGACACACGCAGGUCGCCGGGGGGAGCGUCGGGAGGCGAGGCGGCGCUGAUGUGUGCCUGCGGGACGCCACUCAGUGUGGGCACCGACACGGGAGGCUCCAUACGCACGCCGGCCUUCUUCUGCGGACUCUUCGGGCAUAAGCCAACAGCAGGCGUGGUGAGCGUGCGUGGCUGCAACCUCCACCAGGACAUGGAUACCAGUGUCCUGCAGUGCCCAGGGCCCCUCACGCGCCACGCUUCGGAUCUCACGCUGGUGCUGAGCGUGCUGGCCGGGGACAGGGCCGCGCAGCUCUCCCUCGGCAAGAAGGUGAACCCCGGAGCAGUGGAGGUGUUCUCGCUGGAGGGAGAUGCUGAUGGGGUCCUGACGUCUGGCCUGAGUCGAGACCUACUGAGGGUGCAGCGCGCGGUGACCCAACACUACAGGCACACUUACGACUGUACUGUCAAGAAGGUGAAGAUUCCCGGCCUGCAGUGGUCCUACCAAAUCUGGCGGGAAAAACUGGCUGAGGAAACACAAGAUGACACGCCCAUCUACCAACAGCUGGCUGACAACAAGGGGGAGAUUAACGUGGGCACGGAGGUGACGCGGUGGGUGCUGGGACGGCCGCACCACACGCUGGCCUCGCUGUCCCAGGCGGUGCUGGCCAAGGUGCUGGCCGAGGCUCAGUUCUUAAGAGACCAGGAGAAGGUGCUGUUCGGAAAGGAGAAGACCACGGCGCCCUCCAACAGAAAGAUAAGGGUGGACGCACAGUGGAAGGCGCUGCAGAUGAGGAUACAGCGCCUCCUGGGCCACGGCGGCGUGCUGCUGUACCCGAGCCACCCUACACAGGCGCCCUACCACGGGGAGUCGUUGCUGCGUCCACUCAACUUCACCUACGCUGCCAUCUUCAACGCCCUCGGCUUCCCCGUCACGCAGGUCCCCCUCGGCCUCUCCUCAAACGGCCUCCCCCUCGGCAUACAGAUCGUGGGCGGCAUGCACCAGGACCACCUUACUAUUGCCAUGGCGGAGGACCUGGAGCGGCACUUCGGGGGCUGGGUGUGUCCAUCUAAGAUACCCUAGAGAAGGAACACUGAGGGAGGCGCAGAAGAGAAGGGAGCAACACGGGACACAAAUGAAGGACAAACAGGAGGAAGGGAUGGAUAAAAUGAGAAAGGAACAAGGAACAGAAGAGAAAAACAAGGCAAGAGAACAAACAGGGUGAAGGGAUGGACAAAAUGAGAAAGGAACAAGGAACAGAAGAGAAAAACAAGGCAAGAGAACAAGGAACACAAAUGAAGGACAAACAGUGGAGGGGAAGGACAACCAAGAAUGAACACAAAUGAAGAACAAACAGAGGAAGGAAAGAUGGACAAGAUGAGAAGGAAACAACAAGAAACACAAGAGAAAAACAAGAAGGAAAAACUAACAACAAGGAAUACAGAGGAAGGACAAACAGAGUGGUAUGGGGGGGGGGGAGACGACCAAGAAUGAACAAAAAUGAAGGACAAAGAGGGGAAGGAAAGAUAGACAAGAAGGAAAGGGAACAACAAGUAAUUUAAAUGAAGGACAAGGGGAAUAAAAGACUCAUAAAGAAAUGGAACAACAAGGAACUCAGAGGAAGAACAAGCAAAGUAACAAGAAAAUAAGAGAAUAAGAACGAACACAAGUGGAGAAUAGAUAAAUAAGGGAAAAUAAGCGAGCGAGAGAGA